UCUCUGUGUGUUGUUAUGUGGUCUAAUUGUGCGGUUAUGUAACUCUAAGUGCUUUCCGUGGUAAGAAACCGCGAGUCUAUCGGUUUCGCUCAUGCUCCGGUGCAUGACUGCGCGCGCCCGCUCCCCCGCGCCUGUGCUCUGCACCAGGAAUCUGCACCGAAUCUGCCCGACCGGACACUUGUGUCUCCCUGCGCCGUGAUAUGGCCGCGGCGAUCGCCAGCUCGCUCAUUCGACAGAAACGCCAGGCGCGCGAGUCCAACAGUGAACGGGCGGCGACCGGUAAGCGCCGCUCCAGCCCCGGUAAAGAGCCCACCGGCCGGGGCUCACUGUGCGAGCGGCAUCUGUUCGGACUCUUCGGCAAAGUCCGGUUUUGCAGCGGGAAAAAGCGACCCGUGCGGAGGAAACCAGAGCCUCAGCUGAAGGGGAUCGUGACCAGGCUCUUUAGUGAGCAGGGAUUUUACUUGACAAUGCAGCCGGACGGAACCGUCAGCGGGACCAAAGAUGAAAACAGCGACUACACGCUGUUUAAUCUGAUCCCGGUGGGUUUGCGGGUUGUGGCGAUUCAGGGUGUGAAAGCUGGACUCUACGUGGCCAUGAACGGAGAGGGUUUUCUGUACUCCUCGGAAAUCUUCACAGCGGAGUGUAAGUUUAAGGAGAGUGUGUUUGAGAAUUAUUACGUGAUCUACUCGUCGACACUAUACCGGCAGCACGAGAGCGGACGCGCCUGGUUCCUCGGACUCAAUAAAGAGGGAAUCAUCAUGAAGGGAAACCGGGUCAAGAAAACUAAACCGUGCUCACACUUCGUGCCCAGACCCAUUGAAGUGUGUAUGUAUAAAGAGCCGUCGCUGCAUGACAUUGACGAAAAGCAGCGGUCCAGGAAAAACUCAGGAACUCCCACUAUGAGCACCAGGAAAGAGUUAAACCAGGACUCUACCGAUCAUGAAGGCUCAUAGCCAUACACACGCACACACACACACACACACUGAUCUGUAAAUGUACACACAAACACAAACACACACACUCUGACACACACACACACACAUGACCCCUGGAGCUGAAUGCUUUCUUACACCCGAAUAAACAACAGCAACUUCAGCAUCGACAAACAUCAAACAAAAAAAAUGUAUGAAGUAACGUGAACAAAAAAGAAUUAAAAAGCUGAAUUCUUGCCUGUUAAAAAUGUGAGUAUCCGACAAGAAAAAAAAGAGAAAAAUCAGGACAUGAUUUUACAUUUUAUGCAAAGUCUGGCAAGAGUCUGUUCGUGAAGGGUGUUUCUUUCGGGAGUCUGAGCUUUAAGCCAUGUUCGAUGAUCACACGUUGAUUUAUGAAUGCCAAAAGCACUUUCACGCACCGCUAUACGUCGCUCACUAAUAUCGAAUGUCCUCAUCGAUUGUGUCCAUUUUUUUUAUUCUGUUUGGGAUGGGGGGGAGGGUCUUGUGAAUAAUUCUGCUCUCUGAUUGGCUAAAGGGGUCAGGAACUGCUCUGCUGAUAGGCUCUGACAGUCACGUGACCUGACUGCAAGCGGAAUCUUCUUCAUCUCAUUCCACUGUAUGAAAACUGACGUCAUCUUUUACAAUAUCUGUAGCAUAUUUACUUCCUUUUCCCUUGUACUCUACAUUUAUGACCCUCGAAUGAAAUUCUGGAUUGCUACUGUACCUUUAAGACUUCUAUAUGUGAAUGAACUGUUAUGACUGGUUAAAGGGAUAGUUCAACCAAAGGUUUAAAUUCUGUCGUCAUUUACUCAGCCUUAUUUGUCUUCUGUUGAGCACAAAAGAAGAUAUUUUGAAGAAUGUUGAUAACCAUAGUGUUUGUUUUGCCUACUAUGAAAGUCAAUGGUUACAGGUUUCUUCUUUUUUGGAGUAUGCCAAAAAAAAAAAAAUCAGGACAUGGUUUUACAUUUUAUGCAAAGUCUGGCAAGAGUCUAUUCACAUCACGUGGAGAUGCAUGCUUAAGGGUGUUUCAUUUGAGAGUUUUAGGAGUCUUUAUGGAGUUUUAGGAGUUAUUCGGGAGUUUUAGCAGUCUUUGGGGAGUUUUAAGAGUAUUUUGGUAGUUUUAGGAGUCUUUCGGUUGUUUUAGGAGUCGUUUAGGAAUCUUUUUGGUAGUUUUAGGAGUAUUUUGGGAAUUUUAGGAGUCUUUCUGGAGUUUUUGGAGUCUUUUGGGAGUCUUAAGAGUCUUUUGGAAGUUUUAGGAGUAUUUGGGGAGUCUUAAGAGUCUUUUGGGAGUUUUAGGAGUAUUUGGGGAGUCUAAAGAGUCUUUUGAAAGUUUUAGGAGUAUUUGGGGAGUCUUAAGAGUCUUUUAGGAGUUUUAGGAGUCUUUCUGCAGUUUUUGGAGUCUUUUGGGAGUCUUAAGAGUCUUUUGGAAGUUUUAGGAGUAUUUGGGGAGUCUUAAGAGUCUUUUGGGACUUUUAGGAGUCUUUCUGCAGUUUUUGGAGUCUUUUGGGAGUCUAAAAGGAGUUUUCAGGAGUUUUGGAAGUCUUUUAGGGGUCUUUUGGGAGUUUUAGAAAUCAUUGGGGAGUUUAAGGACUCUUCAAAAUCUUUACUCAGUCUUAUUUGAGUUUCUUUCUUCUGAGCACAAAAGAAGAUAUUUUGAAGAAUGUUGUUUUUUCCAACUUUGGGGAUCAGUGGUUACAGGUUUCUGAAAAAGAUAUUUGCUUUUGCAUAAAAACAAACAAAGCUCAAUUCUUGCCUGUGAAAAAUGUUUUAGGAAUAUCUGAAAAAGAAACAGGACAUGAUUUAGCAUUUUAUGCAAAGUGUGGCAAGAGUCUGUUCAUGUCAUCUCACUUUAGGGAGUUUUAGGAGUCUUUUGGGAGUUUUAGGAGUCUUCAAAAUCUUUACUCAGCCUUAUUUGAGUUUCUUUCUUCUGUUGAGCACAAAAGAAGAUAUUUUAAAGAAUGUUGGUAACCAUAGUGUUUGUUUUUUCCUACUAUGGAAGUCAAUGGUUACAGGUUACUUCAAAACAUCUGCUUUUUUGUAAAAACAAAGCAAGAUUUUACAUUUUAUGCAAAGUUUGACAGGAGUCUGUUCGCAUCACGUAGAGAUGCACGAGGGAGGGUGUUUCAUUUGGGAGUUUAGGAGUCUUGUAGGAGUCUUUCGGGAGUUUUAGGAGUCUUCAAAAUAUCUGCUUUUGUGUAAAACCAACAAAGCUGAAUUCUUGCCUGUGAAAAUGUUUUAACUAUCUGAAAAAACAAAUCGGGACAUGAUUUUUCAUUUCAUGUGGAGACGCAUGCAUGAGGGUAUUUCUUUCGGGAGUUAUAGGAGUCUUUUAUGAGUCUUUCGGGAGUUUUAGGAGUCUUCAAAAUAUCUGCUUUUGUGUAAAAGCUGAUUUCUUGCCUGUUAAAAAAGUUUUAAGACUUCAGCCAUUAAACAAAAAUCUCAUAAAGGUAUGGAACCCCUUGAGUGUGAGUAAAUAGUGUAAAUGUAAAUUUUUUGUGUGAACUAUCCCUUUAACAUCAGUCGCCUAACAAGUCGCUGAUUGUGUGUUUAUGUAAAUAUGGGCGGUGAUAUGCUAAUCAGCCGAUUUCUGAACGAGCCAAUGAACGGCAUAGCGAAUGUUUUAAGUAUUUUGCAACCCACAUCGAACUCUUAUUUCAAGGAAAUAAUACAAGGUGUCUUGAAUGUACGUCAAGCACGUGAUGUCAUAAAGACGAUGAUGUCACAGGAAGUGGCGAAACCUCAGUAAACGGAAUGCCCUCAUUUCACCGUACGCCUCCUGUUUUUUGAACAGGGAGAUCUGCAUUUUUUUAUCCUGCCAAAAGCACAGACUGCCCUCUGAGUAACUGAACUGGACUAAACCACUUUAAACCAGCACACAGUGUGUGCCCGCGCACAUGUGUGUGUGUUUGCAGAGAAUAUACUGCCCCGGCUUUCCUUCACUCAGCGUUUUUUUAAUCACUACUCGACUGUGUUCGGAAAGAAGAAUACUAGCAUACUGCUCACUGCGCAGUAUAUACUGAAUACUGCCUAUUAUUUACUGCCUUUCUUAAAUAAAAUAGUACGUGAAACGGUGCACAUUUUAAUAGUAGUAUCACUGUGUUGCAUGGGUCAUUCGGCAGAUGUUAUACAUCUGUUAAAUAACGCUGUUUUGCAUGCUUAAUCCAAUUUUGUGUAAGACGUCCUGUCAAAUAAUAAUAAUAAAGAUCAUUCUUCGCACUGUAAACGAAAGGUUGAAUGCAUUGCAUUGUGGGAUAGCUGAGUAAUGACACUGUCGAGGUACAAAUACAAUUGAAUAUCUUUCAUAACUGAUGAAAUCAUAGCAACACUAUUUAUUUUUCCUUGCUUAAGCUGCUUUGAAAGUGUAUAAAGUACUUUAUAAAUAAAUGUAAAUGACUGCUCAGAUUUAGGUAAAUGUAGUUUAUCAUCCUGCAUACUGUUCACAGUAUGCGUACUAUAUACUGCAGAAGGAGUGAGAUGUGCUAGUAUGCUAUUCUGAACGCAGCCACAUUCCCUGACUCAGAAAAGUAAUAGUAAGGAAGCUGUCGCUCGAUGUUUCUGAUUGGUCGCUUGAGUACAGGUUCCUUCCCCUUUAAAUGUGAUCUACCAGCUCAUUGGUUAGAUCAUCAGCGUAUACGGGCCAAUCAGCUGGGUUUAUGAGAAGUCUUCCAUUAGUGGAGCUGCACCAGCAUCAGAGGGGGGGUCAAAGGUCAAGGUCAGGGAGAGAAAACAAGAGGUCGAGAAUAAAGAUGUCUGCCUGUAUUUCGUAGAGGACGUUGAUUAUUGCCAUGCUGAAAUGAUCUUCUGCUGACCCAGGAAGUUCUUUUGUGUUUGCUGAUGUUUGCACCUUAAUUCUGAACACGUUCAUGUUCAUUAUGUAAAGAGUUCUGAAUAAAGCAUUAAACCUGCCACAGGAGGAAAAUAUCAUUUCAAAAUUAAAAAGAAAAAAGAUUAAA